GCAUUGAGGGGGGAAAUGCUCUCAUUUCCGAGGCGUUUCCAUUACUUACACAUCUGCGUUAAAAUGCGCUGUCGUCACGCAGCAGAGAUGAAGUGUGUUUGCGCUUUUAGACAGAGGAUCAGUACAGAACUGUGACACACAGGAAGCUUUCAACUUCAACUCAAGGACAUCUAACCACUACAGAUUUAUUUCAAUGGCCUCAGGUAUGGCAGAGUUGCUGCGGUUGCUCCUGAGCGUGGCAGAAAAAGCUGCCAAUGUGGCACGGGUCUGUCGACAGGAAGCACCUCUUUUUGAACUUUUGGUACAAGAGAAGACAGGAGUUGACAAAAACAAGAAAUUUGUCCAGGAUUUUAAGACACUUGCUGAUGUGUUGAUACAGGAAAUGAUUCGCCAUGAUGUUUGUGCCAAGUUUCCAGAAUUGACUGGAUUUAUUCAUGGAGAGGAGUCAAACAAGUUUAAGAAUGGACUUGGGGAGAGUGUCACUGUGAGAGUAUGCGCUCAGGAAGAGGACACAACUGCUCUGUUGGCUAAAGUUCUGGAUGGUGAUCAAAACGCAGCGUCCCUCCUGACCAAGGUGAUCCACCAGGACCUUCAGAUUAAAGACGAGACGGCUGAAUCUCUGCAGCUGUCAAUCAGCCCAGCCGAUGUGGGCAUCUGGAUUGAUCCCAUUGAUGGAACAAGUCAGUACAUCGAAGGGAAAGAGGAAGAAGAGCCUGAUGAAGGCUUUUGUCCAUUCGGUCUCCCAUGUGCUCUGGUUCUGAUUGGGGUUUACUUACGGUCCACUGGCCAACCGGUCAUGGGUGUCAUAAACCAGCCGUUCAACCACAAAGACUCCACGGGUAAAGGAUGGAAAGGCCAGCACCUCUGGGGCGUUUCGUAUGGUGAAGUGAACGUUUGCUCCUUCAAGCAUCGCAGGCCAUCGUGUCCACAAAAGAGAGAUGGUUUGUCUGUGCUGCUGAGCUCCAGCGAGAAGCCGGCUGUGAAGGACGCUCUAGCAGCCAUUCCCAGCAGCUCGCUGAUGUACGCGUCCGGCGCCGGAUACAAGAUCCUGUGCGUGGUCCAGGGUCUGGUGGAUGUGUAUGUGCUCUCCGAGGGCAGCACGUUCAGGUGGGACUCAUGCGCACCUCAUGCACUUCUGCGGGCGCUGGGCGGCGGCGUCUCGGACCUGAGGGAGUGUAUGCGUGCCCGAGUCUCUGGAAACAAGGGACACACAGCUGAACUGACCUACCAUCAACCGCACACCGAAAGUCAAGGUGUGGACAGAUGGGCGAACCGAGGAGGAAUAAUCGCAUAUUUGGACUCCAGCAUAAUUGAUAAAGUCGUGGCGGCACUUGCUGGAAAGAUAUUCUGAUGCUGAAAUGCAAGAGCGUAGUGUAUGCAAGUGUAUGCUUGUAUUUUUUAUGCAUAAUCCUAUGUCGUUUUUAUUUUAAGAUUUAGUGGCAUAAUCAAAUAUUAAUUUAAGGCUGUAGCUUUUCAGGAGAAAAUAUGUUAUAAUGCUUAUCUACAAUAUAUAUAUUAAGUAAGUUUUAUUUUUUGGAAGAAGCUGGUUAUAUUUUCAAGACAAAAAGGAAAGCAGUUACUGUAUUGUAAUGUUGUGUAAAUGUUACAGAUAAUAUCACGUUUUACAGUUUCUGAUGGUCACCUGAAAUAAAAGAAAAACCAGACACCGAAACUUCUCAGGGUUUCAUAUCUAGAUUAUCAUGUAUGAUACAUGGACAUUCAGGCUCUUUUAUGGUGAUGUUUUUUACUUGAUUCCUUUCCCCCCUCUUAUGUUUUGCUCUGUGUAUGGCAGAAACAUUGAGAAAAGGAGUCUCUCACAGGAAAGACAUUUGACUGGUUUGAGUUGUAUUUUUCAGUCUCAUUCUAAACAUUCAAGGGCCUUUAUGAAUCUUUCAAACCUAAAACAUUCUGCACAAACUUUUAAGGUACUGACUAUAUUUAAAUUUAUUACAAAAUAUUUCAGUAAAUACUGUAAUAAAACAAUUGCGGAAUUUUUAGAUUCUUCAAUUCUCUGUUAAAAUACAGUACUGGUCAAAAGCUAUGAUUUUUUUAAAAAUGUUUGAGAAAUAAAUCUAUUAAAUGCAAGGUUGUAUUUAUGUAAUAAAAAAUACUGUACAAACA